AUGAGCCAUAAAUGUUUGGAACUUACUAAGCUACACUCAAUUGCCGUUGACUUCCCAAAAACUGGUGUUGCAGCCAAAAUACCACCUCAUCUAUGUGUCAACGAAUAUCCCGAUUUCAUGGAAAAGCCUGAAAAAUGGACCUACAGAUCAACAUCUAUCCUAGGAAAGCUUUUUCGCGAAGCAAAAUACAUUGAACUGCCCACGAGUCCUAUGGAAUCCUUCACUUUGGAAAUAGCAAAACAAUGUUACGACCCUGACAUGAAAGUAGACGGCUUUGAGGACUACCUCAGUGAUGCUUUCAAAUACAAAAGUGACUAUGAUUACAAGUUGGGGAAUUUGAUGGACUAUUAUGGGAUCAAAACCGAAGCUGAAAUAUUUAGUGGCAACAUUUUGAAAAUUCCAGACCAUCUUGAUAGGAAGGGAAUUAUAGAUGCAAUUAAAUAUGCUAUGUAUUCCCUAAAAAUGGAAGCCAGGACCUGGUUCAGUGAGGGAGAUGAUUCUGACACUUAUAAUGCAAAAGCAAAAGCAUCAGCGUGGUAUCAUGUCACAUACCAUCAUACUUACUGGGGUCGCUACAAUGAGGGAAUGGAUAGGGCUCAUUUCCUUAGUUUUCCAUGGUGUGUCUAUGACAAGCUUCUGCAAAUCAAGAAGGAUAAAGGGACCAUAAACUCUUCACUUAUGUCAUCGCCAGACCAUCAACUCAGUCAACUUAUUUGAAUAUGAAAGCAGUGUGAUAUUACUACUAUUUUACCUUUGAUUAGUACUGUUACUGGUAUUUGCCUGUUAAACAGCUCCAGGCAGAUUUGUGGGGCUGGAAAUAUGUUGUAAUUCCUAUCUUACUUAAACAGAUCUCCAGGUAUGUAUUUUGUCAUUAA